AUGGAGAGUCUCACCAACAAAUCCUGGUGCCGGGUUCUGGGAUGGCGCGUGGAAGACGGCCCCAGACCGUUAUCAGAGGCGGCCGGGGGCGAAGCCCUACGGCUGGCCACGAGCGGCGCCCGCGACUGGGAGGCACCCGUGACUCUCCGCCGCAGGGCUGCUCCUGACCCGAUCCUGCUGCCUUGCAGGGGUGCCACAGUAGCCAUGACCAGGACCAUCUCUCACGUAGUGCUGGUCUGCGAGCCGACCAACGUGACAGAAGGGGAACGAGCCCGCGGCUCCCUUCACUCCAUCCGCCGCGGUUCCUUAGACGUCCGCUCGGUCGCCUCCGACGGCCUCCGAAGAACAUCACUAGCGAAACUUCAAGGACUGCCACUUGAAGCUCCUAUUACUAAGGUGAUAGCCCUCCUCUCAGCAGCCCAAGAGGGUGCUCCGCCCUCCACAGUGGCUUGCAUCGAGCGUGCUGUGGACAUGCUGCGGACAUCUGAGCUGUACUCCCCACAGAUGAGGGAUGACUCCAAACUGAGGGUAGAAGACCCAAUCGCUACAGACCUGAUUGGUGCACUGCUCUCGCAAGGGCCUACAAACGUGCUGUCGUCACGACGCAGCAGUAAUGACUCCACUGUUGUCAGAUCACAGACCAACAGGACUAACAUCAAACACAAAGCGUCAGGCCAACUGCGCGAGCUGCUAGACACAGCUCUAAGCUGGGACUUCGAGAUCUUCCGCCUCGAAGAACUAACCAGAGGCAGGCCGUUAGCUCACCUGGGCCUGGCAUUGAUGGGUGGCCGUUUUGACAUCUGCGCGACCCUGGAGUGUGAUGAGAGAACGCUACUGCAUUGGCUGACAGUGGUGGAGACAAACUAUCAUGCGGUCAAUACGUACCACAACUCGACACAUGCCGCCGAUGUUCUCCAGGCAGUAGCAUACUUCCUGGAGAAGGACCGUUUGAAGAGCGUCUUCGAGCCGCUGGAAGCAGCAGCUGCGUUGAUCUCAGCAGCGGCCCACGACAUCGACCACCCUGGCACGUCGUCCGCCUUCCUCUGCAACUCACGCCAUCCCUUGGCUGUGUUGUACAAUGACGUCAGCGUGCUUGAGUCGCACCACGCGGCGCUCACCUUCAAGCUCACCCUCAACGACGACCGCGUGAACAUAUUCAAGAAUCUCGACCGCGACACGUACAAGACGAUGCGGCACAACGUCAUCGACAUGAUCCUGGCAACAGAAAUGACCAAGCACUACGAGCACCUCGCCAAGUUCGUCAACGUGUUUUACGCCAAGUCCAGCGGCAGCAAGGAGGAUAUGCACACGGACGAACCCCUGUCAUUAGAUACCACGGCUCUUUCAUUACCUGAGAACGUGAUUCUGGUGAAGAGGAUGAUGAUCAAGUGUGCCGACGUGUCCAACGCUUCCAGGCCACAGAAGUUCGCAUUUGAGUGGGCAAGGAGGAUCGCUGAAGAAUACUUCCUGCAGACGGACGAAGAGAAGGCCAAGGACCUGCCCGUGGUGAUGCCGAUGUUCGACCGCGCCACCUGCUCCAUUCCGCGCUCGCAGAUCGGAUUCAUCGACUACAUCAUCAUUGAUAUGAUGGAGGCCUGGGCUGCGUUCAUCGACAUGCCGGAGCUGGUGAACCACGCGCGCGGCAACCACCAGCGCUGGCGCGAGUUGGAUGAAGCCGGCGUCACCACCAUCGCCGACGUACUGCGGGCCCAGAGGCAGCAUGCACUGCCCGCACCCACCACCGCACAACCUACGGCCGAGGAGUAAGGAGUUAUCAGA